AUGAGCUCUUUCUGGGCUCGGAAGAAGGAUGACACGAACAGGCCAGAGGGCACUUUCCAACGCCAGGAUGAGAACGACCACGAGAAUGACCCUACGGAGCACCAGGAACCUACGGAGCACACAAGCCUUCUUUCUCGCAAUAAUAGUCAAGGGUACUUGAGUCCAGAUGAUCCAGCUGUUUCACCCUACAAUUUAUGGACUGUGCGCGCCGUGCGCGGCCUCUCCCUCUUUGCGCUGGCCGUCAGCUUCAUGUGGUGGACUUUUCUUCUUGUGUCUAUCUUCGUCAGUCCGCCACUGAUGCAUUCGCGUGGCUCGGGAUUCUUCGAGUUCGCAUAUACGACACUGGCGACCGGUUAUCUCGUGCUGGGACUGCUCUUUUUCGCCGUUCCCUCCAAGGCGAUGACCAUCUGGGGCAUUGUUCUUUCGACUCUGCUACUGGUGGACAUGAUUAUUAUUGUCGCAGUACCGGGCCUUCGUUACGAGGAAGGGUGGGUUGGUAUAGCUUCAGUGGUGUGGGCAGCUGUCAUAUCCAUCUACCAGAUUGUCCAGAAUCGGGCUGUGGCAUGGGGUAAGCGUGAGGAAGAAGAACGACUCACGGGUCGAGAAGAAACUCGUCGCUCGCUACGGGAAUGGGCUGUUGUUCUGUUCGAGACAAUCAUCUUAGCUAUUAUGACCAUCGCUACUGUUUUGUUCACAGCGACUCUGAUCCUCCGUGCUCGGGAUGUUUCCCUUGAAGCUCCCGGUCGUCGGUACUCUGUUCAUGGGGAUACCUAUCAGGUCCACCUUGCCUGUGUGGGAAACCGCACCAAAAAUGACAAUGAACCGACCAUUCUUCUCGAGGGAGACUGGGGCCCUGUUGAGCACAGCCUGCAGCCUUUUAUUGAUGACGCAUACCGUGCGGGUGCUAUCAACCGGUACUGUUACUGGGACAGACCGGGACUGGCAUGGUCGGACAAUGCACCAUCUCCCCAUUCUGCGGGAAUGUCCGUGGAUGUCCUCUCGGAGGCUCUUGCUCUGGCCGAAGAGUCAGGACCUUGGAUCGUUGUCUCGGCUGGAGUUGGUAGUCUUUAUUCGCGGCUCUUUGCCAGUCGUCACCUUCUUGAAGUCAGCGGUAUCUUCCUCAUCGACCCACUUCAUGAGUCUUACCUCCAAGAUGUCGGAAAUCCAGGACGUGGAUUUAUGCUGUGGCUUCGUGGUGUCACUUCACCGCUGGGUUUGGACCGCCUGGCCGGUGCCAUUGUGCGUGGUCGCACCCGAGAAGAUCGAGUCGUCGGCCGCUCCGCCUAUCAGUCUGGCAAGUUCAUCAAAGCCAAGCUACAGGAGAACCUUGUUGCCGUCACAAUGACAGCAGCAGAGGUGCAGUCUGCUCGGCAUAUUCAGAUGGGGCAAACACCUCUGGUUAUCGUGAGCUCUGGACAGGAGAUGCGAAAGGACCCCGAAUGGGCUACUCGGCAGGAGGAUCUUUCCACAAUCACAAACACGCUCCUCGCUUGGGAUGUUGUCCAUGACGCACCGCAUGAAGUCUGGACUGUUGGAGAGGGCCGACAAGUAUUGGAGAAGCGAUUGCGAGAAAUUGUGCAGGACAGCCAGGCCCGUCGGCCGUAUUAA